AUGGAAACUUGUAUAGAUGAAAAGAAAAAAUUUGAAGAAUGCUUUAAGGAAUGGUUGAAUAACGGAUUUACUACGGGGAACUUCGGUAAUCCUUGUGUGAAUGAAUGGAAAAUAUAUGAAAAAUGCAUAAACAAGGAGUUGGAAGAAAAGAAUCUUUUAGGUCUAAAGUCAUUCACCACAUUCGACUUGAGUGGAGAUAAGUUAACUAUUGAAAAAAAUAUGGCUGAUAAGCAAAAUGGAACAAUAACUGAAAAUUCAAAGAAAUAA